GCGCCGGCACUGCCUCGGCACAUCCAGCGCCGACGGGACCGGCCCCGGCACCGACACCGGCACCGCCGCCUCCGUCCUGCGUGAGAGACUGACGGAUUUGAGGGAAAAACCAAACCCCACCAACCAUCGCGAAAGUCGGCCCGGAAAGGGAUUGCAAAAUCCCGGGAUCACCGGGAGGUUGGGAAGGGUUUGGGAUCGUUCCCACCGACGGGAAAUGUAGGGUGUUUUAUCCACAGGAGCCCGAGAAAAAUCGCUUUGGAUUUAUUUCCUCGUUUGCAGCCAGGGGUUUUCCUCCGGGAGAGUGAAACCUCGGGAUCAGCUUCCCGGAGAGAUAAACCCUGCGUGGACAUGGCAGAGCCCGGCUCUUGGGCCGGCCGGGAUUCGCAUCCCGGCGGAGCCAGGGGAACGCCGCUUGCUUGACUGGGAAUCUUGGUGGGUUUUUUUUUUAAUCCACGGGAAUGUCGUUUUUAAACGGGGAAUGUUCUUUCUAACCGGGGCGCCGAGAUCCGGGGGGGUCACUUGGACAUAGGGACAUUGGCGUCACCUCGUAAGGGAUUUCUUCGCCACAUUUUUUUUUUUUUUUUUUUUUGUGUUAUUAUUAUUUUCCUGGGAAAGCGGCCAAGCCAUUUCCCACAGCAGCGCGUGGUGGUGAUCCCGCAGCCCGCGGUAUUGCCGGGGCUGGGGGGGUGUUUUGGGGGGUGUUUUGGGGGUGUUUUGGCCGAGGGGGUUGCAUUCCACUGGCUCCCCCCCCUUCUUCCCGACCCGGCACCGGCCAUGGCGUUGAAAGCCAGAGCGCUUUACAACUUCCAGAGCGAAAACAAAGAGGAGAUCAGCAUCCAGGAGAACGAGGAGCUCGUCAUCUUCAGCGAGAACUCCCUGGACGGGUGGUUACAGGGCCAAAACAGCCGUGGGGAGACCGGCCUCUUCCCAGCUUCCUACGUCGAGAUCCUCCGCUCCCGCUCGGGCUCCAACUACACGGACUAUUCCAGCAGCCCGGUCGGCUCCCCUGGGCACGAUUCCUCCUUGUACUCGGCAUCCCCCAACCCCGGCAUCUCCUACCAGGGCAGUUUUGAGGAUGAUGAUGACGAUGACUGGGACGACUGGGACGAUGCGUGCACGGUGGUGGAGGAACCCCAGAGCGCGCUGGGCACCAACGGGCACCCCUCGCCCAGCCUGCAGUACCCGGCGGCCUACGGCCACCACCAGCAUGCCGGCUACCGGCCCAAGCCAGCGCUGGAGAGGCAGGACAGCAUGAGCUCCUCCAAGAGGGGCAGUGUGGUGGGGAGAAACCUCAACCGCUUCUCCUGCUUUGUCCGCUCCGGGGUGGAAGCCUUCAUCCUGGGUGAUGUGCCCCUGAUGUCCAAGAUUGCCGAGACCUACUGCAUCGAGAUGGGCUCCAGAGGCCCGCAGUGGAGGGCCAACCCCAACCCUUUCAUCUGCUCCGUGGAGGACCCCACCAAGCAAACCAAGUUCAAGGGCAUCAAGAGCUACAUCUCCUACAAGCUGACCCCCAGCAACAUCAACUCGCCCGUGUACCGGCGGUACAAGCACUUCGACUGGCUCUACAACCGCCUGCUGCACAAGUUCACGGUGAUCUCAGUGCCCCACCUGCCCGAGAAGCAGGCCACCGGCCGCUUCGAGGAGGACUUCAUCGAGAAGCGCAAGCGGCGGCUGAUCCUCUGGAUGGAGCACAUGACCAGCCACCCCGUCCUCUCCCAGUACGAGGGCUUCCAGCACUUCCUCUGCUGCCGCGACGAGAAGCAGUGGAAGCUGGGCAAGCGCCGGGCGGAGAAGGACGAGAUGGUGGGCGCCAGCUUCCUCCUCACCAUCCAGAUUCCCACAGAGCACCAGGACCUGCAGGACGUGGAGGACCGCGUGGACGCCUUCAAGGCCUUCAGCAAGAAGAUGGACGACAGCGUCCUGCAGCUGACCAAUGUGGCGUCGGAGCUGGUGCGCAAGCACGUGGGGGGCUUCCGCAAGGAGUUCCAGAAGCUGGGCAACGCAUUCCAAGCCAUCAGCCACUCCUUCCACAUGGACCCUCCCUACAGCUUGGAUGCCCUCAACAACGCCAUCUCCCACACGGGCAAGACGUACGAGGCUGUGGGGGAGAUGUUCGCUGAGCAACCCAAGAACGACCUGUUCCUCAUGCUGGACACUCUCUCCUUGUACCAAGGGCUCCUCUCCAACUUCCCUGACAUCAUCCACCUGCAGAAAGGCGCCUUUGCCAAGGUGAAAGAGAGCCAGCGGAUGAGCGACGAGGGCAGGAUGGACCAGGAGGAGGCGGACGGGAUCCGCAAGCGCUGCCGCGUGGUGGGCUUCGCCCUGCAGGCCGAGAUGAACCACUUCCACGAGCGGCGCGUGGCCGACUUCAAGAGGAUGAUGCAGUCCUACCUGAGGCAGCAGAUCGUCUUCUACCAGCGUGUCAGCCAGCAGCUGGAGAAGACGCUGCGCAUGUAUGACAACCUCUAACGCCUCCUCCCGCCCUGCCCGCAGCCCCCCAGGCCUCCUCUGCCCGGGACAGGCUGAGAACGGACGGGAGCUCAUCAUGCUAGUGACCAAAUGACUUCGGGCUUCCUUCCCCGAAGGAAGGGCUCGCCUGCCCUACGGGCUGGCUGUGCCACCUCUUCCUUUCCCUAGGGAUCUCCCACCCUGCCACGGGUCUGGCGGGAGUGUGGGGGGGUCACAAGAGGGUCAGACGUGGAGGUAAAGGUGCUCUGCCCAGUGAAAUCACUCUGCACAGUGAUUUUUAGCUUUCUGAAAACCCACUCUCCUGGAGCAGGGGUGGGUGCAUCCCAGCCCGCUGGGAGAAGAAAUCCAAGCGGUCGACAUUUUGCACACUAAAAGCUUUUCUGAUGGAAAAAAAAAAAGAGAGAGAAGAAAAGAGAUGUUUAUUUGGAAGAGAUUUUUUGUUUGUCACGAUAUAUUUUCAAUAUUUUCCAUUUUUCUGCUGCAUUUUUACUGAUUGGUUUUUAACUAGAUGCACAGAGGCGAAGAGAAAUCUCUUUCUCAAGUAUGGCUGCUGACUGGGAAAAGGGAGAAAAAAGGAAAAAAAAGGGAAAAAAAAUAGCCCCACAGCCUUUUCAAUAAAAUCGUUGGUAGAAAAAACA